AUGGCCAAUCCAUCACCCACCCCUCCCAACCCUUCUCCCACCACCCAUUCGAGUGCUCAUCACUUUAUCUCCCUCAAACUCACUUCGAAAAAUUAUGUGUUUUGGUGCACUCAAAUUGUGUCGUACCUCACAGGCCAACGCCUCCUUAACUAUGUCACUGGUGACUUCCGUUGCCCUCAGGACCCCGUCAAAGCCAAAACUUUGCGUGAACAGGAUGCAUCCAUUAUGAGUCUUCUCAUCGCCUCCCUCUCUGAUGAGGCCCUCUCUCUCGCCGUUGGACGGACCACUAGUAAGGAAAUAUGGGAUGCCCAAUAUGCAUCCUUUAGCUCUCCCUCUACCACAUGGAUCCUGUCACUCAACAUCUCUCUUCAAAAUCUGGUUCACAAACCAGACGAGACCAUCACUCAGUUUCUCCAUCGAGUAAAGUCCCUCUCUGAUGAACUAGCAGUUGCAGGGAAGCCGCUACCUCAAGAAGAUUUCAACAUCCAUGUCUUUCUUGCUCUCCGAACUAACUACCAGGCCCUCGCCUCCAUCAUGAUGGCGCAAAAGGAGCCAAUCUCCUAUAAUGAUAUGCAUGGCCUUCUCAUGAGCCAUGAGACUUUGAUCCAAUCUUGUCUCCCCAUCAUCGAUCCUGCAGCUGAAGCCUCAGCUCAUGUUGCUUAUCCAAAUCGUGGACCACCCACUCAAUCCAAUGGUGGUCGUGAUACUUCAUCCUCAAGAGGCCGUGGUCGUGGUCGUGGUUUUGGGCGCUCCAAUGCUUUUGCCCACAAUCCCUGCACAAUAUGUGGUCGCACCAACCAUCAAACAGAAACCUGCUACUAUCGGCAAUAG